GAAGGCCUUCAUGCCAAACAACCAAUAGCAGUGUCGGUAGCGAAACUACUAGGAACCACCUGACGGCUCCCCUCUCCAAAGCGAAACGCUGGGAACAGAAAGACCAACCGUGUGGAUCCCAUGAAUUAUUGAAUCUUGAGACCGCGCAAGAGAAAGCCAUCGUCAUACCUUUUGACUCAUAAGGCAACGAGGAGAUGGGACAGGAAUAUCCAACUGUUUCAGCAAAAGACGACUGGGCUCCUUUUUAUUGAAGGUCAAGGUUUGACUCUAUACGUUCACUCUCGCCAUGAUAUUAGAAGACUGAUUCCGAAUCUUAAGUUGCUCAUGAAUGUGAUGAGAUCCAUACGCUCCUUGGAGGAGACCGUGAUAUUCUUUGUGAUUCUGUGCUCGUGUUUCCCCACUCAAGGAUAUGACAAGUUCGGACAAUCCCCAGCAAGUAGUAGAUCUUCAGAGGAGCUCACUGAAGAACUUUCCUCGUCAUUUUCAUCCUUGCACGGCAUAAAAGCACCACAGGCCUCCAUCGUGGCCAGAGGAAGGUUCAAACUCAGUGCCAAACACGAAACGAAACGUUCCAAACGGGACGUGGAACCCCCGGAGGAUGACACGGAUGACUACGAGGCCGAAUUAGAGCUGUCCACGGACGAACCGAUCUGGGGUCACGACCUCAGGACGUACAACUUGAAGCUGACCAAGUCGCCCCAAUUACUCGCACCUCAAUACGAGCUUGUUGUCCGCAAUGGGCAAAACAUCUCAGUGAAUCGGACUGUGCCUUUCCCAACUUGCUUGUACUCGUCAUCUCAUUCGGAACACAUUCCAGCUGCGUUGUCCACAUGCCAGGGAAACGCCUUGAAAGGCAUCCUUAUCGCUAAUGGAAGCAAGUUAAUACUGGAAGAGAUCCCACCACAGCCAGGCCCAAGGCCAAAACGCUCCUUGGAAGGCCUUGAUGGGGGUUCCAGCGACAACCUGGGAGGUCUCAUCGUUAUUUAUGAGGCCGAGGCUACGGGUGGGGAAUGUGGGAUCAAGCCGGAGAAUCUUCAACGAAUGCACGCCCCCACCAGAGAGGCCAUCCUGUUAAAGCCUCAUGGGUCAAUCACAAAGCAGAAACCCAAGCCAUCCGUUGGUAGUUUUGUUCGAAAGAAGAGAUCUCCCCGAGGAGAUAAAACGAUCGAGCUGGCUGUAUUUGUGGACGAUGAUCUGUACAAAAAGGAGAAAGAACUACAUUCACGGGAUGCUGUCUUUCAGAUCCAAGAUCUCGUCUUUACCUAUUUGAAUUCAGUCCAACUUCUGUACAACUCGGAGAAACUUGACUAUCGAGUCAAAGUCGUGCUAGUCCGACUCGAGAUCUUUAAAACCCCCAUUUCAGGGAUUGAUAAGAGUCGAGGUGACAUCGAACAGUACUUGGAUUCGUUUUGUGGGUGGCAGAGGGACGAGAACCCCGGUGACAGCCCCGAGGACGAUCUGUCUAACUCUGCCCAUUGGGACCAUGGUCUUUUGCUCACUGGGCUGAACUUGUUUGACCGACAGCCCAAAUACGACUCCGUGAUAGGAUUGGCUUGGGUCUCUGGCAUGUGUCAUCCCUCCUACAGCUGUACCAUUAAUGAAGGCAGCAAUUUCGAAUCAGUCUACGUGAUAGCUCAUGAAAUGGGCCACAAUUUGGGUAUGAACCAUGAUGGGGAAUCUCGAGCAGGAAACACCUGCGACCCGGACAAGUACCUCAUGUCCCCUAUUCUUGGACCGGGCAAGGUUUCCUGGUCCACGUGCUCCAACCAGGAAAUAUCGGAUUUCAUUACGGCAGGAGUGACGAGAAACCAAGCCAAGUGCUUAGAUGAUAUGCCCGAAAUCAUGGCCAAAUACGACUAUCUGAAGGACAGCAAGGCUCCGGGGGACAAGUUUAAAGCAAUCGAGCAGUGCCAAAAGGCUUUUGGGCAAGACUUCAAGCCUCAUAAGAAGGAUGAAAAACCCUUUGAGGACUUGUGUCGUGAGCUAUGGUGCUCGAACAACACCCAUGCCUUGAGAGCUCACCCAGCUUUGGAAGGCACUGAUUGCAGUGAAAAACCGUUCCCAUAUGGCUCUAUCUGCUUAAGUGGCAUUUGCAGUCCAUUUGAUCCCAAUGAUGACGGUACGAGAAAGAUUGGCGAUGACAACGAAGUGAACAAGAACGAUGGGGACCAAUCCACGGUCAACGCAAGUGCUAACAAAAUUGAUGAUAGGCCAACAUGGUUUGAUCCCAUAUUCACGGAGAUAUUCGAAAUGCUUAAGACGAAGUUAUCUGAGCGAUACCCAAAGAGUAACGGACAAACGCGAGUAUUGCCCCUGCAGACCAAGGAAAGUUCACGGACCGGUCCGGAAAGAAACGACCAAGCCGUCAUCUUUCCUCGUAUUGUUGAAGAUUUUGGGCACCCAGAAUGGAUCAAGAUGAAUAAGUUGCAUAGGGAAACAAGCAACUACUUCAAACCUGGCGUAAGAUGGGUUACUCGGGAAUCGACAUGUCCUGUGGAAUGUGGGGCAGGUUGGACUGAUGUCCAAAGCGAGUGUUUGAAUGCCGUGGGGAACGUGAUUGAAGAUCGUCAUUGCACCGAACUCCUCGGUCCGAAAACCAAGUUAUCAAGGAAAUUAUGUAACAUUGAGCCAUGCUAGACCUUGAUCAAUGAAUGGUUCUGCCUGGCCGAGUAUAGAAUUUAUUUUGCUAGGGAAAUUUGGCAAUAGAUCCACAUUUUUUUUCGCGAGUGGGAAUAAUGAAUUAGGAUUUAUCAACACAUCUGUGAUAUACUUGAGAACAAAUUGAUAUAUCGUCCCAAUAAACUUGAGAUUCAACGUC